AUGCCUCGCCUAAAUCUCUUCAGACGCGGUAGGCCGCUGCAGAUAGCAAUCAUAAUUACCUGUCAGCUUGCUUUUAUUUUGUUUGGCUAUGAUCAAGGAGUCUUCUCCGGCAUUGUUGGAAAUGCAGAUUGGCGCAAGACAUUUGGCUACCCAGGAAGCGGACUCGAAGGCAUUAUUGUCUCGAUAUACAAUCUCGGUGCCUUCAGUGGAUGUAUUCUAGCCUUCUUUGGUGGAGAGAAAGCUGGUCGACGUCUGUCCAUGUGGAUAGCCAUGGGUUUCAUCAUUGUCGGUGCCAUCCUUCAGACGACCUCCUACAGCGUUCCACAGAUUCUUGUCGCUCGCUACGUUACUGGCAUCGGCACCGGUAUCGAGACUAGUACUGUUCCCAUGUAUCAAAGCGAGUUGGUCGAAGCACACAAACGUGGUCGUGUCGUCAGUUCUGAACCGCUCUUUGUCGGUGUUGGUAUCGUCAUCGCCUACUUCUUCGAUUACGGAAUCGCCUAUGCUGGAGGUCCUAUUGCAUGGCGUCUACCAAUCGCUUGUCAGAUCAUCUUUGCCUUUGUUGUCAUUUUCAUGGUCUUUGGAGUCCCCGAGUCGCCUAGAUAUCUAUACAAGGAAGGCCGCAAUGAAGAGACUUUACAAGUCCUAUGCGACGUGUACGAUGGCACGCCAGACGACCCAAAGAUUGCACGAGAACAGAAAGAUAUCCUUGAUGCGCUGGCAUUGGAACGCUUGCAUGGCGAGUACAAAUGGAGCCAGAUUUUCAAGCGAGACGAAGUACAGACCGGAAGACGCGUUCUUCUUGCCUAUGGCAUGCAGUUUAUGAACCAGAUCGGAGGUAUCAACUUGGUCGUCUACUAUGUUCCCUCUGCCCUGCAGUACAACGUCGGUCUGUCGCACAAUUUGGCUCUUCUCAUCGGUGGCUUUGUCCAAUGCUGCUUCUUCAUCGGAUCACUGGUUCCAACAUUCUUCCUCGACAGAAUGGGCCGAAGACGUCCCAUGAUGUGGGGAUCUUUUGGGCUUGCCAUCUCCAUGAUGCUCAUUGCUGUUCUGCUGAGUUUCUCACCUGCUCGUGGAUACUCACAACAACUAUAUCACGCCACUUCGAGCGCAAGUGUUACAUUCUUCUUCACCUAUAUGCUUCUAUUCGGGUCUUCAGCGAACUGUAUCCCAUGGGUGUAUGUCCCGGAGAUUCUGCCCCUCCACGCAAGAGCAAAGGGUACAGCAAUCGGCAUUUCUUCGAAUUGGCUCUGGAACUUCGUUGUGGUCAUGAUCACGCCGACUUUGAUCAAUAAUCUGCAGUGGAAAGCCUACUUGAUAUUCAUGUGCACAAAUCUGGCCUUCGUGCCUCUAGUCUACUUCUGCUACCCUGAAACUUCCAACCUGACUUUGGAGGAAGUUGAUUACCUCUUCAUCAGUCUGAGUGGAGACGUCGAACAGGGUACCAAGGAGAUGAUGCACGAAGAGAAGAGAGGCAGUGAAGGCGGAGCUGCGUUUGUGGAAGAUGUCAAUAAGGUCGAGAAGUAG